GCGCCUGCGAAAGCGCGACAGAGGCCAUAGUACUUGUAGAAGAUGAAGAGACGAAUUCAAGUUCUCGCAACGAGCGUCAACUCAAUACGAAGGGAUGCUUCAGGCGCCUGUAAUCACUUGACGUCCACCACAAUGCUCCGUCUAACGCGUCCUCUCCUCACACAAGCCCUUAAAACAUCAACCGGGAUUACCGGGCUUAAAGUGCACCAUGACCCUCUCCCCGAGUUGAAGAAGACGUACGAGUCAACCCUGCAAGCACUCACUACCAUUCCUGAGACGUCUGUCUACCGCCAAGGUGUUGAGGCCCUCACGAAGCACAAGCUGAAUAUUGUGCAGAGUGCGAACGGGGACAUUCAUGCGGCAGAGAAACAGUUGGAUGAGGGCAACAUUGAGGAAUCGUUGGACAUCGCUAAUGAUGAGCUCACUCUGGUUGGGAAGAUGGUUGACUGGAAAGCGUGGGAGCCGUUGGAGGAGAAGCCCCACCCAGGACAGUGGGAGUACUUUGGAAAGGCAGUCAAUGCUUCAGCGUGACACUUUGCUAUCAUCGUCUGCAAUAUCAUCGUCUGUAAUUUCCAUCGGCGGAGCAGGAGCUCUGAGCAUUGGCUGGCAGUGAUGGUAGGAUAUGUCUUCAAGUCAACUCGUCAGAAGUUGUGCUUAGUUCGAGCAGAGAGAACUAGAGAUGUAACUAUGUCGCGCCAUAAUCGCGCUAGUCAUACCGCUCGGGAGAACGAGGAUAAGCAAAUUGGACAAUAUCGAUCUACAUUAAGAGCAGGCAUUGUUCUGAACUCAUACUAAGGAACCUAAGUUCAGUUGACUUCACAAGACCGGGUUACAUGCCACUUUUCAAAUCGCAUACUUUGAAUACUUGCUUUAAUAUUAGCUUUCGACCCUUGCAACAAUCCGAAGCUGCAUACUCUGUGGUACUUAAGCAUUCGCCGGGUCACUCGCCUUAACUACAUACUUAUCAGGUUUGUAUCAGCUUCCUAACCUGCCGGUAGCAUUCUUUUCAAUUAAGUUAAUGUUUUAAACUGUUAGAAUAAAUAUUUACUUACAAU